CUCAGUCAGAGGUUUGCUAUAAAAGCCCGAGCCUCGUCCCGGACACUCUGCUCUGCUGACCUGGAGACCCCGCCGUCCAACAUGACGACUCUCCUCCUCGUGGCGCUGCUCGGAUGCCUCGCCAGCGUGUUCGCGGCCCCCGCUGAAAAGGUGAAAUGGUGCGUCAAGUCAGACCAAGAAUACGGGAAAUGUCUGGACCUCGUAGCCAAAGCGCCCGCGUUCUCCUGCGUGAAGAAAGAAAACACCAUCGACUGCAUCAUUGCAAUUAAGGCUGGUGAAGCAGAUGCCAUCACUUUGGAUGGAGGGGACAUCUACACUGCUGGACUAAACAACUAUGACCUGCAUCCCAUUAUUGCAGAGGAUUACGGCACCUCUUCGGAGACCUGUUACUACGCUGUUGCUGUGGUGAAGAAGGGCACUGGAUUUGGCUUCAAAGACCUCCAGGGGAAGAAAUCCUGCCACACUGGGUUGGGGAAAUCUGCAGGCUGGAACAUUCCCAUAGGAACUCUGCUGUCCAUGGGUUUGAUUCAGUGGUCAGGCAUUGAGGACAGCCCUGUGGAGGAGGCGGUGAGCAACUUCUUCAUGGCCAGCUGUGCCCCGGGGGCAACAAGGGGCAGUAAACUGUGUGAGCUGUGCAAGGGAGACUGCUCCAGGUCCCACAAGGAGCCUUACUAUGACUACGCCGGAGCCUUCCAGUGUCUGGUGGAGGACGCUGGAGAAGUGGCUUUUGUGAAGCAUCUCACUGUACCUGACUCCGAAAAGGCCAACUACGAGCUGCUGUGCAAGGAUAACACCAGAGCACCUAUCGACAGCUAUAAAACCUGCCACCUGGCCAAAGUACCAGCUCAUGCUGUUGUCACCCGCAAGGACCCACAGCUGGCCGAAUUAAUCUGGACAAACCUCAAUUCAGUGCAGGACUUUAAUCUCUUCUCCUCUGAAGCCUAUGCACCUGCCAAAAACCUGAUGUUCAAGGACUCAACGGUAAAGCUGGUGCAGCUGCCCGCAAACACAGAUUCCUUCCUGUAUUUGGGUGCUGAAUACAUGAGCAUUGUCCGUUCCCUUAAGAAAGAGCAGACCACAAGCACUUCAUCCACUGCCAUUAAAUGGUGCGCUGUGGGCCACGCUGAGACCGCCAAGUGUGACAUGUGGAGCAUCAACAGUGUGGGUGAUGACGGCACCUCCUCCAUUGAAUGCCAGAAUGCCCCCACAGUUGACGAGUGCCUGAAAAAGAUUAUGCGUAAAGAAGCUGAUGCAAUGGCUGUGGAUGGAGGACAGGUGUACACAGCUGGCAAGUGUGGUCUGGUUCCUGCUAUGGUGGAGCAGUAUGCUGAAGAUCAAUGCACCGCCAAUGGAGGUGUAGCCUCCUCUUACUAUGCUGUUGCUGUGGUGAAGAAGGGUUCAGGGGUGACCUGGGAAAACCUGAAGGGCAAGAAGUCUUGCCACACAGGUGUUGGCAGAACUGCUGGCUGGAACAUCCCCAUGGGUCACAUCCACAAACUUACUAAUGACUGUGACUUCACUAAGUUCUUCAGUAGCGGCUGUGCCCCCGGAUCAGAUCCCAGCUCUCCAUUCUGUGCUCAGUGUGCCGGCAGUGGCAAAGCUGUGGGAGACGAGUCAAAGUGCAAAGCCAGUGCUGAUGAGCAGUACUACGGCUACGCUGGAGCCUUUAGAUGUCUGGUUGAGGGUGCUGGCGAUGUUGCCUUCAUCAAACACACAAUCGUUCCAGAAAACAGUGAUGGCAAAGGUCCAACAUGGGCUAGUGAAGUGAAUUCUGCUGAGUACGAGCUGAUCUGCCACGGGAAGGAUCCAGUGCCAGUCACUGAAUACUUGUCUUGUCACCUGGCUAAAGUGCCCGCACACGCUGUGGUCACUCGUCCAGAGAUCCACGGCGAGGUGAUCCGCAUUCUCCAGGACCAGCAGGCCAAGUUUGGUACCACUGGCAGUGAUUCCACAUUCAAACUGUUCCAGUCAGAUGCAGGAAAGAACCUCCUCUUCAAGGACUCCACUAAGUGUCUCCAGGAGAUUCAAGCUGGAACAACAUAUGACCAGUUUUUGGGAACAGAUUACAUAAAUGCCAUGAAUUCACUCAGACAGUGCAGUGCAACUACUCCAGAUCUGGAGAAAUCUUGCACUUUCCAUUCCUGUCAGCAAAAAAACUAGUGCCGACAAUGGACCAUGUGGCGCCUCAUUCGGCCCUCAGUGAUUCGAGCAACUUACUCGACCCAAAAAUUGCAUUAUCUAUUUUCUUACUGAUCUUGUUGUAGACCUGUUUUUAGUAGUACAACCAACAAACAGAUACAUUUCACUUCCACAACCUUCAAACCAACUAUUCUGUGACCAAUCACGUCCACGUGUAGCUAUUUUCAUGCUGUUGAAACGUAAUGUUACAUCACCUGUGUUACUGGAUCCACUAUGUUUUGUUAACACGUGCCUGACUUUUCUCAAAUAAAGCCUUUUUAAUGCUC